AUGCUCAGCAUAUGCUGCCUCCCUGCGGAUGCUGCCGGCGAGCCUGGCGGUCCGCUGUACUACAAGGAAGUGCUGACUCGAUUCUACCUCGAAAUCUUCUACCCCCACGAGACUCGGAACGCGAAUGUGACAGGACCAUCGGGCAUUCGUGGCAUCCUAUGGGUCGUCCAGAGUAUCGACCUCUGGCUUAACGAGACCGGCUUUGAGGUGCAUGGCUCCGAAGAGACCAGGGGCUAUUUUCCAGUGCCGGUAGCCGGGCUGAUUCCAACAUGGCUGAAGAGAGACAUGCUGCAUGGCUACCUUGCCUGCGUGUCGUGGGUCGACCAUCUGAUCGGCCGGAUCGUGGACGAGGCCGACAGCCUCGGGAUCACAAACCACACGGCAACAGUGCUCUGGUCGGACCACGGCUUCCACCUAGGGGGCGAGGGCGACCACGGCAUGUGGGGCAAGCGCUCGCCGCUCGAAAACUCGCUUCGCGUGCCGCUCAUCUUCGUCCCGCCCGGCGGGAGCGGGAGCGCCGUGAAACGCGUCGACGCGCCGGUCGAGCUGCUCGACAUCUUCCCGACGCUCUGCGAGAUGAGCGACCUGCCGAUCCCAUCGCGAGUGCAGGGGCGGUCGCUGGUGCCGCUGAUAGCCAGCACGGCUUCUGCUACAGGAGGUGAGGGCGCAAUCACAAUGCUCGAAACGUUUCGUCAUUGCCACGGCACCUGUCCCUACUACAGCGGCGAAAGGGCGUGGGGUUACAGCUACCGGACGAGUCGAUACCGCCUCACAAGGUGGGUCUCGCCCGGAUUUGAGUCAGCUCGCCGGGUGCAGGGGAGUGUCGACCUCUUUGACCUCGAGGCCGACCCGGGCGAGACGAAGAACCUCGCCACGUCGAACAACGCGCUGGUGGCGGAGCUGUCUGCCAAACUGCUCGCGAAGUGCCAGGAAUGCCCGGCUUUGCACAGAGCGCAGGACUUGGAGUUCCUCGAGACGGAGCACGGCGCGGCGGAGCUGUAUAGGGAGACCGUGUGCGGUGUCUUCGCGGCCUAG